AUGGCAAGCUCCUUUGAUAUGGAUUUCAGAGCACCAGUGAAUUUCUAUAGAUCCGAGGGCAGUACUCGGCCGUUCGAUCCAAAGCUGUUUGAGGAAGUGUUAUUGUUUGAAUCAGGGACAGCGUCACAGCAACGUGAAACAGUUGAAACACUAGCGGAGAUAUAUUCAAUUAUAAUUGCACUCGACCAGGUAGAGAAGUCAUAUUUAAGGGAUGGUAUAAGCAGUCAAGAUUAUACAAAUACUGUAAACAAGCUUCUGGCACAGUAUAAGACCUAUCUAACAAACAGUGAAAAUGUUGAGAAAGAAUUUGGGGAUUUACAAAAAUUUAAAGAGAGAUGGAACUUAAGUGCGUCAAACGCGAUUACAAGGAUUGAAAGAGGAAUUCCUGUCACUGUGGAACAUGGGAUUCAAGAUGUUUCGGGGGCUAGCAAUGGCGCCGCUGCUGUCUCCAAUUCUAGAUUUAGUGCGAAGGCCGUUGCUGAAGCUACAGGUAACUUCAUUACGGUAAUGGACGCUCUCAAGUUGAACUAUAAAGCUAAGGACCAGCUACAUCCAUUGAUGUCGGAAUUAUUAUUAAGCAUCAACAGAGUUAGCGCUCAAGAUUUUGAACAUAGGGCGAAACUAGUGGAAUGGAUUGUUGAGAUCAAUAAAAUGAAGGUAAAUGAACAGAUUAGCGACGAAAAGGUAAGGGAAUUUCUCUUCGAUCUGGACAGUGCUUACAAAGCGUUUUACGCUUUAUUAGGAUAA